CAAUAUCAAUAUAUCAUAUUUUCUCCCGUGCCUUCUCACAGCUACAUCCCCUUCUGCACCUCUCCCUUGACCCAUGUGUCUGGUAACAGGUAAAUCCCGAAGGCUGUUCCAGUCCCUUUCGGAAGAGGUGACAACUAUCUACUAACGCUUCCUUGUCCCAUGUGGUAGGAUUUCACCCCAAAUACCCUGAUGCUCGGGCAGCUCUACACCAUCUCUCUCUUUCACAUUUACUAACUAGUAUCGUAUAUAGAGUGCUGUAUUUAUCACCAAAUGAAAAACUACAGAGUGCUGUCACCCUAGGCUCAAGAACUAUCUAUUGUAUCCUAAAGUUGUUUCAGAACUUUUACUUACCUGAACUGUCAAUGGCGUGGAUGAUAAAUCAAAUAACGUAAAUUAGUGUCCUCUGUGGCCAACUUCCUCGUGUUGCAAAGUAACUACCUUGCUAUCAGUAAUGCUAAGAGAAUGUAAAUAUGAGAGUGCACUUUUAGUUAUUUCAAAAUAGCUAUGAUGUUUUCUAUUGCUGUUGGAUUAGUUUGUCGAGCAAUUUUUCUUUGUGUUUGGUUUCCUUAUGCACAUUAGCAUAAUUAACUAUUUUACUGUUGUGUAAAUAAAGCAGCUAUUGGUCAGACAGCUAGAGUGCUUGAAGGAAAGCCAAUUGCAAACAAUAUAAACUCUCGGAUAUCAGCUGAAAUAUGUGAAAUGAAGAGUACGAUUGGAAAGACUCCAGGUUUAGGGGUCAUCCUUGUUGGUGGAAGGAGGGAUUCUCAAUCUUUUGUACAUAUUAAGAUGAAAGCUUGCAUGAAAGUUGGGAUAGCACCAUUCACGGUGGAACUUCCUGAGGAUUGCACUGAAGCUGAAUUAUUUGAUGCAGUUUCAAGUUUUAAUGAGAAUCCAUUAAUACAUGGCGUAGUUGUGCAGCUGCCUCUACCAAAACACUUGGAUGAAGAAAAGAUUAUAAGCUAUGUGAGUCCCGAGAAAGAUGUGGAUGGCUUUCAUCCCACCAAUGUUGGUAAUCUUGCCAUGCGGGGAAGGGAGCCCUCAUUCAUCCCUUGUGCUUCAAAGGGUUGCAUAGAGUUGCUGCUCUGGAAUGAUGUGGAAAUCAAAGGUAAAAAUGUAGUGGUAGUCGGGAGGAGCAAGCUUGUGGGGUUGCCCACUUCCUUGCUAAUGCAGAGGCACCAUGCAACAGUCACUACUGUGCACGCAUUCACCGGGAACCCAGAGCAUGUAACCUGUGGGGCUGACAUUUUGGUUUCGGAUAUUGGAGUUCCAAACAUGAUUCGAGGGCACUGGCUGAAACCAGGGGUUGUUGUUGUUGAUAUGGGUGCAAAUUCAGUUGAGGAUACUGGCAGUUUGCAGGGCCAUCGUCUGAUUGGAGAUGUUUGCUAUGAGGAAGCGAUAGUGAAGGCCUCAGCUAUUACCUCUGUUCCUGGAGGUGUUGGACCCAUUACAAUCUCUAUGCUCCUCUCCAACACUGUUGAUGCUGCUAAGCGUACUUACAGGAACACAUGAUAAUUGGUUGCUUUUGAUUUUAAUCUACCAACAUUGAGGACACCUACAUUGUUGUCCAGCAGGGAGACUCAUAAGGUAUGGAUCCUAACCAUAGUCAUGUUCUGCAUUUCACUUCCCAGAAAUUCUUAAUUUCGCACUCUUGCGACCGCUAACGAAACAUUAUUUCUUCUUCCCUUUGCAUUCUCGGAAGCAGAGGAACUGAGUAGGGGCAUCAUAAGAUCCUAAGUUGUUUUUUACGGAUGCUUUGAUGCACUUCCUAGAUUUCUGUUUCAGGUCUUGGGAGAUUUAUGGAAACAUUACCUGACAUGUGUUUGAUGGGGAUAAGUAAAAUAAGAGACCUGAAAUAAUGUAUCAACCUUUCUAAACUCUGUAUCGACCUGCUUUUUUUUUUUUUUUUUUUUUUUUUUUUUUUUUUUUUUUUUUUUUUUUUUUUUUUUUUUUUUGUUGUUGUUGUGAAUUAUUCCAGCAGCUUUAAGGUUUAACCCCGCGAAUCCUACAACUCAGAUGAGAUCACGAGUAUAAUUAAUUAUCUCGUGUAAAUGGAUGUAUCUUAGGAAACAUUCUUGGGGUAGUUUUCUUUUGAGUGUAAUCUAGGCCAUCAAGCAAAACUUAUUAAUUGAUUGAGUUUGUCCAGAUUUUACAUAUUGUCUCUUCUACUAAGUAUAGCCACAAGUUCUUUUUUCUUUUUGUUUUUUUGACGAUGAUGUAUGGGCCUAUUUAUGCGCACCUUGACUAUUCCAAUGCGUACUUGCUAACUAUCUUCAGCAUUGGUACGUGUAAGUCUGCCCAUCAAGGCUUAGACAGAUGAGAAGAAAUCACCUUGCUGGGAUUUGAAACCUGAUCUUCAAGGUCUGCACUGAUUUUAUUGACCAUCGGAUCACAUCCUUGCAGCUAGAAGGAUGUUAAAAGCUAAUAAACAAGCAUUGCUUUGGUUGAUGCUAAGGUCUUUUUGACAGGUAAAUGAACUUUAUGGAUCUAACACCCAAAUGGGGCUGUUACCCCUAUUGUGUACACAAGACCAAAAGUUUAAGCAAAAAGGAUUUGCCCCUGAAAAUAAUUGCUUUUCUUACAUUAUUGAAAACAACAACAACAACAAUAACGACCCAGUAUAAUCCCACAAGUGGGGUCUGGGGAGGGUAAUAUAUACGCAGACCUUACCCCUACCCCGAAGGGUAGAGAGGCUGUUUCCAGGAAAAAACAAUUGCUUUUUCUAUAGUUAAUUUUCCACUUAAUACUUUACAGAUGUAGUUGCUACUGCAACUCAGCCUUCAUGAUUCAUGCUCUUACUUCUUACUGCGUAAGGGUAUUUACAAUGGCCGGAGCUAGCUGCUUGAUGAGGAAAUACUUGAAAGACAACACACCCGUGUGUGAUUGAUUAUGGUUAAUCUCGACAUCCUCAGAUCCAAGUUGAUUCUCUUCCAACUCAGAAAAUCAACUUAUCUGAGUGGUUAGCAGUUUGGGAAGCUAUCCGGAAAGAGGGAGAAAAUUCAUAUUUAUAUGUGCUUCAUGUGCAAGAGGUCGGGGAAGAUGUGAACCACUUACUAGUUCAUUUCAGGUCGUGCAUUUGUUUUGGAAUCUAGAACCUGUUUGGAGCCAAAUAGGCAAUGCUGAACACUGGCGAAAACUUGCUCUAUGCAUUCAGAAGGAAAAGGAGCAGAGGAUGACCAUGGGAAGUGGUUGUUUUGACACUCAUCUGAACAAUAAGGGAAGAAAUAAAUGGAGGAGAUUUUGAAGGAGUUUUCACUCCUUUGCACAUAUUUGAAUCUUUCAUAUUUUCUAUAAAUUGUUGGAGCAGUUAAUAGAAUCCUGAUUAGAAUAGACGAUAGGGUACACUUAGUAAGGAAUCAUAUUGUGUAUUUGUACAUCGCUUUUAUACGAGUUUCUCCCUUGACAUCAAUAAGACUUACGUUAUCCACCAAAAAAGAGGAAAAAAACUCAGGACAACUCAACUCCUGAUUGUGGCAGAUUCAAAUGCUAUGGAAUAAGCUUGCUUACAAUGA